CCGAAAGGCAGACGUGUGUGUUGUGGACAGUGAAAUGUACAGUGCAGUGUGUGUAUGAAUCAGCAUUCAUGAUUCAGGAAACUCAAUCCAGUACUGCCGAGAGAUGGAGUGGUCGAGGGCCCGAACACAAUAUGGCCCUUCAGCAGAUUCUGAACUUCCAAGAAGCGAGAGCUCUUCAUAAGACAUCCCUCCCGAUCUACAAGGAGAAUGGCCUACCGUCCCCACCUGGAGUGAACCAUUACUACGAUCAAACCAAUUCAGAAAAAUUCAUGGACGCCCACUACGACUCGAGAGCCUUAGAGCAGUUGAAGUUAGAAGCUGAAUUCAGAAAACUCAUAGAAAGAUCAGGCAAUAACGAGUCGUUGAAAUAUUUUCAACACAUGUUUGAAACAAAACAUAGAGAUUUAAACGGCAAAAUCAAUGAAAAAGAAACUCACGGCAACGAUUCAGAGAAGGCGAAAUCGAAUUCGUCAUCUCCUAAGAGAGAACGAAACGAUGAUGUUAAGGACAAAUCUCCUCGACGGUCAUCCUCUGAAUUUUCUCCAUCUCACGAAAAUCACAAAUCAGCUUCGUCUAGUCCUAUACUCGCAAAUACUCCUCCUAACUCAUCUCCAUUAAAUCAACUACAAAAUAUGCAGCCUUUUGAUUUUAGAAAAUUUAAAAACAACGAAAUAAACCAUGACGACAGAAGAGACUUUGAAGCUAGCUCAAGGAAAAAAGCUAAGGCGGAUUUACUUAGACAGCAAUAUUUAAAUUUUCCUCUACCAAACAACAUGGGAGUUCCACCAAUAUCAUCAUCGCUCUGCCAUCAAGCAGCUAUGGUAGCUGCUCUUAGUCAAAAUCCAAUGGGUCUUGCGUCGUUACAAGCUCUUCUUCCACAAAUGUCUUCGAGGUCCGAUAGUAGUGUCGAUAACAAAUCUAACCACGAAAUAAGUAAAACGAGAAACAGUUUAAGAUCUGACGAAGAAAGUGUUCUUAACUUAAGCAAAGAUGCGUAUGUAGAGGCAGCACAGAAGACGCGUGAUUUGAUGAUUGGGAAAAGCUUAAUUCCCCCUAAGAGACAAUGGGGUGCGUCACAGAUGCCAUUGAACCUUGGUACUCAUUUCGUGAAUCCUACGACAGGCAAGAAAAGAGUACAAUGUAACGUGUGUCUGAAAACUUUCUGUGAUAAAGGUGCAUUAAAAAUACACUUCUCGGCAGUUCACCUCCGAGAAAUGCACAAAUGUACAGUAGAAGGUUGCAGCAUGAUGUUUAGUUCGAGAAGAUCUAGAAACAGGCACAGCGCAAAUCCAAACCCAAAACUACACUCACCACAUUUAAGAAGAAAAAUAUCACCCCAUGAUGGAAGAAGCGCACAAUCCCAUCCAGUUUUAAUUUCACCGCAUGGUUCUGGAUUAAAUAUACCUCCAGUUAUUAAUCCAAUGAAUCCUUUUGGAUCGUAUCCUCUAUUGAAUCCGUCUAAUAAUAUAAGGCAAUUUCCACCAAAUAUGAAUCUAGACUUUAAAAAUGACAUGAACUUCUCUUCUACAAUGGACCAAACAUUAUUAUAUAGAAGAGAGUCUAGUUCUGCUGAAAUUAGAGAUCAAGAUGGCCAAGGUGAAUCGGAUGAAGAUGAUGGUAUCGUCGUUGUGGCCGGAGAUGAAGAUGAUGAUGACAACGAUCAUUUAAUUGACAAUCACUACUAUUCCCAGUUAAAUAAAUCAAUGGGUUCGGUAGAUGAUUCGGAAGCUGACGACCAAAAUAAUAGUGACAAUAAUGAAGGCUCAGAAAAGAAGAAAGAUGAAAAUACUGGUGCCGAAAUGUUGAAGAGGAAGCGUAAAAAUCUUAACCCUACUCGUGUACAAAAUAAUUAUUCUUCGCAUUGUGAUGAUGUAAACAAAAGUGACGUAGAUCAUAAAGCUGAAAAUGAAAAUGGAAUAGACUUAAAACGAGUCAAAUUAGAGCAUGACACAGAUGCUGACAAUGUUGAAACUGAUAGAAAAUCGAAUAGCAAUAACGUACAGAAAGGAAUACCACCGAUUAAAACAGAACCAAAGGAUGUCGAUUAUAAUGUUCAAGAUUUAAGUGUGAAAGAAGAACCAGAAGAUAAGCCUAAUGCAUCAAAAACAAACGAUGAUUUGAAUCGUAACAACGACAUUUAUUCGUCUGAAAACUCACUUAAAAGAUUAGAAAGCUUAUCUAGGGGAGAUUUUCCUCUCUCCCACAGAAAAUCAGAGCAUAAUUCUAGACCAUAUACCUCAAACGAGGCUCAUGAUUACCCUGACAGAUCGCCCGCUUCGUCAGUUUCCAGCUACGACAAUAUUUCCGAAGACUGCAAUCAGAUUCAUGGACAUUUCGACAACGGGUACUUUGUAACUAUCACCGAUGUGCCCGUAGACAGCGAUAAUCCCCUUAAAUGUAGAGUCUGUGAUAAGCUUUUUCAAAAUAUCUUUAUUUUAAGGACCCACUACCAAAAUCUACACUUAAAAGUUAUGUACAAGUGCAAUUAUGACGGCUGCGUUGCGGCAUUCACCUCCAGACACGUCAGAGAUAGACACAGUUCCAAUGCCAGUUUACAUAAGAAACUUCUAGAGCACAAAGUCAACGAUACUAACUUUUUAAGUAAAGCGAAGGAACAAAUCGAAAUCAUAUCAGUAGAGGAGAAGGAACGAGCGAUCGCAUACAUCGAUUCUCAGAAAUACUACCAAGCGAGAAAGGUCGACAAACCUAAGAAUUAUUUAGAUCAGAACCAUCUCAGUGCCGCAUAUCACUCGUUGCAAUUGCGCGAUUCCUAUCUCAAUAAUCGAGAUCUAUUCGCCCAGCAUCCAUUUUUAUUGACACCGUUUGGAAUGCUUCCAAAUUUCCCUCCUCUGCCUUUCAGUUUCCUACCGCCGAGCCUAAACUCGUUCGGCUGCCAAAACUUUCCCCCUUCCUUGCAAAAACUGAGCUACUGCAUAGAAGAAGAGGUGCCUUCUUUAAACAAAGACGGCUACUACCCUUGCAGGUGUUGUAGGGAGUGUUUCAAGGACUUGAAUAGCCUGAAAGUACAUUGUGAAAGUGUUCAUAGCCAGCAACUGCAUAAGUGUCUAGUGAGUUGGUGCAACGCGGCUUUCUUCUCGAGGACUACCAGAAAUAGCCACAGUGAGGCACAUCUCAAUCAGAUACAGAACAGAGUGCAAUCCUGAAAAUAUAGAUUUAGAUUUUGCUAAUAAGUGACUUCCAAUACAUAAUCUAAUGUUAUAGCCACUCGGGGACAUAUUUAAAUGAUUACUUAAGUAGUAAAUGAAGGGCGACAGAAAAGGUAUGGACUUAUGUUAGAACCUUCACUAAGUAACUCCUUAAGUAAUAAAAAUGUAUGUGCGGCUGUAAAGUCAGAUACGAAAUUCCAAAAGAUCCAUCUUGAAGAGUGUAAUAUUGCAUUUGUGAUUAAUUAGAGUAACCAAAUAAUAGUUAAGCCAGUACCUAGUAUUCUCUGUAGGUGAAAUAUUAGCUACGUAGAUGAUAAUUUACUCGUUGUAAAUAUCUUUUCAAUUAAGGCGCAACACUCGUAAAAUUUUAUUAAUUUUACCGUGAAACUUAUCUUUAAAUUAAUCUUGUUAAAGGUAACUUAGUUAAUUAACCAGCUCAUUUUAAUUGUUCAGCGAGAUUAUUGUAAAUUUAUAUUUUUCAAUUAUUAUAGAAGUUGUAAACAAGAGAGAGAAGUGUUCACAAGCCUACAAGGGGUACAAUCCUGUGCAAAACCAAGCGUAGUACAUAAAUCCGCCAUUUUGGAAAAAAGCGCGGUUACUAUCAAACCCCUUUAUGAUAAA